AUCUCAUGUAGUGAUAAAUGAACGGAAGUUGUAUUAUAUAUAAUACAACAAGAUGGGUGGCACCGAAAAAAAUCAAAAUGCCUCAUCUGAUGAGCAUGACGCAAAAUAUUAUGCCAAAUGUAUGAUCGGAGGUAUCCUAUCCUGUGGUCUGACUCAUACCUUAGUUACACCCCUAGAUGUCACAAAAUGCCGUAUGCAAACUGAUCCUAAGCUAUACACCGGUCUAAUCUCAGGUGUGAAAACUAUAUACGCCAAUGAAGGUGUAUUUGGACUCUUCAGAGGGUGGCAACCAACCCUUCUGGGAUACUCCCUGCAAGGUCUAGGUAAAUUCGGACUGUAUGAAGGAUUUAAGGAUCUUUAUGCAAUGCCACUUAAGAAUAAAGAAGAUAAAAAUGUAAAGAAGGCUAUCUGGCUUGCUGCCAGUGCAUCUGCUGAAGUUUUCGCCGACGUUUUGCUAUGCCCAUGGGAAAUGGUCAAGGUGAAAGUACAAACGGCACCGCGUUCAGAAAAUUGGUCUAACAACCUCUUCACUUCAACCAGGCGUAUGUAUUUAAACAGAGAACAGACUAAAUUCCCGUUCGGAAGUCUUACUGCCCUAUGGAGUCGACAAGUGCCAUAUACCAUGGCAAAGUUCUUCUUCUUCGAAUAUAUUCAGGAUAUCUUCUAUGAACAUAUAUUAAAAGGUUGUAAAGAUACAUUCAGCAACCCUACUCAGCUCAGUGUAACCUUCGCUUCUGGAUAUCUGGCUGGUAUUAUCUGUGCUAUAGUCUCACACCCAGCUGAUAACCUUAUCUCACAAAAAGGAAAGGAAGCUAACAAGGGUAAAGCCGUUGGUCAAAUUGUUAAAGAAAUGGGCUACCUCAACCUAUUCACACGUGGUCUUGGUACUAGGAUCAUUAUGAUCGGUACCCUUACCGGUCUUCAAUGGUGGAUAUACGAUUCAUUCAAGACGGCCGUUGGUAUUAAUAAGACUAAAGAUGCGAAGCCAGCAGAGUCACAAGGGCAAAGCACACAGUCAGGAGGGACAGGGGGACAAAGUUCAGGAACUAGUUGUUCCCAAACGAAAUAAACAUACUCGCAAAUUGGGCGAUAAAUUCCACA